UUGGAGAUCGAUCAACAGGACAGCCGCCAUUUUACUGAAGUCAGGCACAAAAUCUAAUGAUGGACCCUCGAACCAGUGCCCAGGAUGUGAUGCGAUGUGACCUAUGUGAGACCGCUGUGGUACAGAUGCACUGUGAUACUUGUCUUGUCAACCUGUGUAAGGCUUGUGUGGGAGAACACAUUUUAACAGAUGAAUCCAAGGAUCACAAAGUUGUCAAAUUUCAGGCUAGGAAAUCCACUCCAAUCUACCCUGGUUGUACAUUUCAUUACAAAGAGCAAUGUGAAAUGUUCUGUAAACAAUGUGACAUUCCUGUCUGUCUUAGCUGUCUUGCAUCUGAACAACAUUUAGGUCAUGAAUUAUCUAAAGUCUUGCAAGUUGUGGGGGAAAAGAAAGACAUGAUUACAAAAGAGCGGAAUGAAUUAAAUGAUACAAUUUAUCCCACCUACCAAGAUAUUGCCUCUGAUGUACAAAACAGAAUAAGUCAGUUAGAAAAGGAAUACGGAGAUCUCACAACAGCCAUAACAAAACAUGGAGAGGACGGGCAUAGAGAAAUUGACAAACUUGUCAAGAAAUUUAAAGCUGAAGUUGAUAAGAUGAAAAACACACAGUUACAAACUCUACAUAAACAUCUGGAUGAAAUAAACAAGAACGUUUCUGACAUCAAGAAUGAAAUCAAUUCAAUGGAAACUGCAACAGACACUAAUGACUUGUCAAAACUAUUAAAUGUGACAUCCAAAUUGCACACAUACAGAAAUCUUCCAGACAAAGUCAUUCCAUUUUUACCAAAAUUCAUUCGGGGAAAAAUAAAAAGUGAAGAACUUAGUAAACUGUUUGGAGCUUUAUCAUCAAGUUCUUUAACAUCAGAUAAACAUGGCUACAGCAUCAAGACAACACAGAAAUCACCAGAAGCUGGAUCCUCUUCUCCAGUCAAACAGCUGCUUGAUGAACCAGAGACUGUCAACACCAUAGACACUAGGCAUAGAAACCUUUGGAAUGUAGUCUGUCUGAUCGAUGAAGAAAUCUGGACAAGUGGAACUGACAACACCAUGAAUCUUUUCAGCAUCAGUCAGGGAUCACUACUCAAGUCAAUCAAAACCAAGUCAGGGAACGAACCAUCCUACAUAGCAGUGACAAAAAGUGGAGAUCUAGUUUAUACUGAUUACUUGUACAGAACUGUAAACAUUGUGAAGAAUGAGAAGAUAGAGAAGGUGAUCAGACUAUUACAGAACUGGAAACCUAAGGGUGUUUGUAGUACCUCCUCUGGUGACCUCCUGGUUAUUAUGAGCAAUGACGAUAACAAUCAAACAAAAGUUGUCCGUUACUUUGGUUCCACAGAGAGAACAAACCAUUCAGUUUGA